UUUCAGAUGGCAUCGAAAUUUUACAAACGGUUCCUUCGGUUAGCUUCACGUUGGCCACAACAUCCCGAAAAUUUGCAGCCAGCGAAUCGAGAUGCGUCGGUAUUCUUGAAGAAUGAAAUAGAAAGAAUAUUUCGAAAGGAACAGAAUAUUUUCCAGGAUGAACUUUGCGAAAAACGAUAUGAAAGUUUGGAACAGCUUGUUUCAAAUGAACAUUUACGUAACUUUCCCUGUAAUUACAAAGCAGGCGCUGUGGCGUUGUCGCUUAAACAAUUAAGGAAGAUGAAUUCACCACAAGGACGUUUCAUGUUAGGCCUGGAAUUAGAACCACCUGAAACAGACACGACCAACAAAGGAAUCUUUGUUAAGUUAUUCAAUAAAAUGAAAUCAGCAGCAUAUCGCAAAGGACUUUUGAAGAGGUCAUCGAUUGAGUUUUCAGAUGUCGAGUUAGAUGUUUCAUCAUUACCGAAACCUAAGAAAGAGCUGAUAGGGUAGGUGAUACAAAUUGGAAAUGCUGUUCUGUAAACAGAAUACUUUU